GGAAAGACUAAACAUGGCAACUUACUUGUCAACACAUGUUCAGUAAUAUUGUGUAAAUUUCAAGAAAUAAAUACGUGUGCAAAUAAAGUUCUUGUUGAUUAGCAUGAAUUUUCAAAAUAAAGAUUUUAUGUUAUUUUUCUAUUUUCUGCUGUUGGUAACCAGGUGAGGAAAGUCUAGACAUGCCAACUCAAAUGUCAGCAGAUGUUCAGUAAUAUUGUGUAACUAUAUGCAGCUUUAGUAAGAGUAAAAUUUAAACAAUGUUAUCAACUCAAGACUAAUCCUAUACACACAUUUGCACAGGUUCAGUUUUGGACAUCAGAGCUGGAGAAAAUGCAGAAACGCCAUGAGGGACAACCAAAGCAUGUAAAACAAGGCAGCUUAAGUUCUUCCUCAUCAAAUUCAACAGUAAGCUCCAUUGCAAGCAAGUAUGAUGUGAAUCAACUCAAGAAGGAGAUAUCUCAAGCCAAGUCCAGGGUUGAAGAACUCAAAACAGAAAUGGAUGUUGUUUCGGGUGAAGUUCAAGCGCAGGAAGAAGGCUACGAAAAACUUAAAAAAGUUGACCGAAAAUUGUCUUCCCAUCGUGGAUGCAAAAAGGAGGAUGUACAAGUUUUAGUAGAGGAGAUACAAAGCAUGCAAAGAACAUUGUUUGUCAAAGAACAAGAGAAAAAUGAUCUGAUACAAGCCUUGCUGAGACUCAAGGAUAAGUUGUCACAACCUGAUUCUUCAAAUGAGGUCAGAGAUGACUCCACUGGUGUUGGAACAAGUAUUGGAUCCCAAACAGACCUCGGUUCAGACUCGGCCAUUGAACAGCUCCCAAGACGGGACAAACAAGAAUUAAGAGCAGAGUAUAAAGAAGCUCUUAAACACGAAUCGAAACUUCAAACCGCGAUAACACGCCUGGACGAGAAAAUUACCCAGGUCAUGGCGGAUGACAACAAUUCCAGGCCCAUGUUGCUUCAAGAAAAGGAAGUUCUGCUCGAAGAAAUUCGUCGCCUGAAUUCUCUUGUGAGAAGCGAAGGAGAAAAGCAAAAACUUGAAGUGGAGAAGGACAAACUUGCAGCUGAUCUCGACUCGGCUCGAGAACUUUCCCACCGAGUAAUAGCUGACAGAAUCCAGCUGCAGGCCGAGAAGUCGAUGUUGGUUCACCAGCUUACGGAACAAACCAAACUGACAAACCUUCUGAACAUGCAGUUGAGAAAUAUCUCGGGCAGCACCCCGUCAGUGUCUUCUUGCUCAAGCCGCGGAUCGCUAUCGUUAUCUGGGAGCCGAGGCUCCUUAUCAGCCUCAAGCCGAGGCUCCGUAAACUCGCUCAACUACCCCGACCUGAAUCACAGUGGAGGAAACGACGCGUUCAACCUUCGCGAGCUCCAUCAACGCGUCACUGACAUGCUUCAAGGGAUGUCCCGAGAUCCCGCGUGUCAGCCGAUCUAUGAAGUGCGGACGACAGGUGCUGCUACAAGUUACACGCCCACUAAUGGUCGAGCGAAUCACCCCAGCGCCAGCAACUCGUCCCAGGUUUCGCUCUCGUCACGUGAUUCGAUUUCCUCAACGCACUCGCCGCCGAUCUCUCCGAGUACUUCCGAUCGUUCUGCGACACACUCGCCGGCCACUGCUCGUAUAGUGGCAAGUGAGGGAGAGAGUACGGCUGGUCUGGAUGGGACUGACUUGGAACGGAGCUCUUUGCCUCAGGCUGAAGGGAUACCUGUCCAACAAAGACUUCGACUAUUGACCGCAGACUCAAAAUCAAGCGAAUCGAUCAACUCCAUUCCGUUCAUUCCGAUGUCUCCCAUCACGGAGGGAAUCCCAGCGCUUCCGCUAAGACACUGCGAAAUCCACCUUCCCCCGACCGGAACACGACCCGUCACAGCCGCUCCCUCGGACGAAUCCGUGGCGGCGGACAGCGGAGUGUUCGACGCGUCGCAAGAGAAUUUGAAAGCGGCGCAAAGAGGCGACUUCGACGAGGAUGCUUCGGAGACUUCGCAAAUCAAAAUUGGGCUGAAUUACGACGUGGAUCGCGAAGCUCUGGUCGUGUGUAUUGAUCAAGCGAAGGGUCUCAAGGCUCUCGGCAACUCGACGCAGUGUAAGGCGGUGCUCGCGAAAGCAGUGCUUUUGCCGAGCGCGCCCAGCGAGAGCUGCCUCUUGGAAACGAAACCUUGUGAUUACCAAGACAGCCCUGUGUUUGGAGAGCAGUUCCACAUUCCUGUUCCCGAGAGCAAGCUGACCAGCAAAACCCUCCAAGUGAACGUCCUUAUUGUUACCAACUAUGAAACGGAAGAACUUCUGGGUGGAGCGCAAAUCAGUCUUGCUGAUUUCGACAUUCAAACUCCAGUGCGAUUUCGAUGGUACAACCUCUUGAGCUGUGCUUUCUUCCAGUCAGCGGCUGCCAAGUAUCAGCAUGGCAAACGCAGUACUACGGCGCCGCCGAUUGGCUCGCUAUCAAUGGACAGCGUUCUUGAGCCAAAACGAGGCGGCAGUUUACGACCAAGCUCAUGGUGCGAAGGCUCGACAUUUAGCUUGGAAUCGGCGGUUGCUGGAUUUGAACGCAUGCCUUUUAGAUCAGUUAGCCAAGAGGUGCUCGACCAGGUGGUGGAAAGUCUACCUGUCCGAAAACAUACCGCUGGAAGGCCGGUGGAAAGGGCGCAGUCCCAGGGUGACAGUGUGAUCAGCGGUGGGUCUCUUCAGGAUAGAGACAGUGACUUUGAUAGAUCGCCCAUGAAUCGGCCCAGACCUCCGAUGUUGAAGACUAAGUACUCGCGGAAGUUUUCCGAUCCUCAACCUCUGGGUUCGUUCCCAGUCCACGGAGUAGAUGACGAAUUGCCCAUGAUGUCGUUGAGCCGCCUGUUUUACGACAUCAAUUUAAACCGCAGCAAUUCAGACUGCACCACGAGAAAAACAGAAGGCAGUCCAUUCGUUAGAAUGUCGGUCGAAAGAACGAGCAUGCGAAGGAAAAAGCGUCCGAUGUCAUGGCAGGGGAUCCAGACAUACCAACAGCUCAACCCUCAUUUGGAGGAAGGCCACGUGCGCACAGCUAUGGAUCUGGAAUUUCACCUCGAAGCCUCUAAAGCAAAACAGUUACAGGUAAACGAUGAAAUUCGAAGGUUAUCCCACCUGAAAAAGCGAAUCGAGGAAGCCAUUGAUGAGGGAUCUACUGAGAUUCCCAAGUGGCUCGAGGAGAGCGAAGAGUAUCAAACUCUCCUGAGGGAUGUAGAGGGUUUCAAAAGUCUGAACCUUCACGGCCACCGAGGAAGAAGCCCUUACUCGAGAAAAAGCCACAAGUCUUUAAGGGAUAGACUUAAUCCUCUUCCUCAGAAGCCAGUAGUAAAGUCGCCUGUCACGCCCAGUGUUAACGAACAACACUGGGUAUAAAACACUGACUGAGGAAAAUGGGAAAAGACAAUGAUAAGCUACAGAAAUAGUGGAGUAACUAGUUUAACCCAGAGACGUUUUCGGUUUAUGUAAAAUAAUUGCGUAGCAACAGACAAGAAUUGUUUGUAGAAAGCGAGCAAAGUAUAAAAAGGUAUUCUUGAAAUGAAAUGUUGUGUAUUUCCGGCGUCAUAUUGGCUAGUAUUUGGCCACUGCAGCUACUGGUUAUUUUUCGUGGUAGUGUUUAAGCUAAGUUUGGAUUGAAUUGUCAUGAACUAAGAGCUUUCAAAAAGUGUAGUUUAAGUUAUCUUUAAGAGAAACACUCUAUAAAGCAAGCUUUGUAUUUUUGUAGCUUUGUAACCUGAAAUGGUAUCUUGUAUUUGGUAAGUUUUUGUAUUAUGCCGAGGUGACGUGUUUCCUUCCACUCUGAUUGCAAAGAUUUUAACAAAUGCACAUUAUUCUUUUUAUUCCAUCGUAGUUGAGACCUUUUCAAUCUCUUAAAAGUUGUGUUAAAAUCUUAAAAAGUGAAGUCGUUUCUUGUAAAUACUAAUGUGGUAGAACAGUUAGACUUAAUGGUAGGCCGAUAUUGUCUGCUUAACUAUUAACCUCGGUAUCGCCCAGGAUGUCUUUGCGUUAUCUACCCAGGUAUAUAUUAUCUGGUUAACAGAUUUCUAAAAGCCCUUCUUAAGGAGGCACUCGACAAUGUGCACAUUAAAAGUGACAAAUAUUCACAAAAUAAGCGACUUAAACACGUUAUAAUUGAUGUCUUGCUAAAUUCGAAUAUAAGCCCUACAGGUCAGUAAUUUCUUAAAAUUUUGUGUACCUAAAUUUGUUCAUACAUGGGUUGUAUAUAUUUAUUUAUUACCGUCAUACACCUAUAUAUUCCAUUUGUGAAGAAUAAUAUUUUAAUAUAUGGCAUUAUGUACUCUGGAUAACCUCUUCAAAAAAAUGACCAAGUACGGUCAUUUUGUUUGGUAUAUAUAAAUUCAUUCGUUUCGCUUGUAAACGAAUAAGGUAAAUAAAGAGAAAGCAUUAUUUUGCAGAAUAUCAA